CGGGACACUUUGGGGACACAGUGACCGCACACAAGGUGCCAGCAUGGAUGUGGGGGAUGAUCCGCUGCUGUUUCAGCCCAGCUGGGGAGGAGAGGAAGAUGAGGAGGAGGAAGGAGAGGAUGGAGCAGCACCCACAGCAGGACAGAGCUGUUUCUCUGAGGAGGCUGGCAUGUGUGGACUGUGGAGGGCAGUGGGGUGGGUGUACACACAGCCCUGGGCCAGUGGGGUGCUUUUAGGGGUAGUUGUGUCACUCCCAUGCGCCCUGUUUGCCUACAUGCUGCUCUACUGCCCCCCUCUGGACAUAGACCUCUCCUACAGUGCCUUUGAGGUUCACAGUCACUUCUCUGCCGAGCGCUUCGACGCCCUCACCAUCGCAGUGAAGACUCAGCUGGGGUCCUGGGACAGACGUAGGCGAGACUUAGAUAACAGCGAGUCUGAGGCCCUGAGAGAGCUUCUGCUGGAGAAGCUGAGCAAACAGGGAGUUUCCAACAGGACAGAUAAUGAGGCUGUGAGGUCCUCCACUCCUCGAAACUACCCCUCACACCCAGGAGAUGAUGAGAAAAGAGCAGCCGCGGCGAGCAGAGAUAAAAGGACGGAGCUUAAAUUGGGUCAGGAGAAAAUGGGGAAGCACAGGAACUCGUAUCACACAGCAGAAGAAGAAGAAGAAGAAGCGGAGAGAUCACGUGAUGGGAAUUCAACUCUACGGCUCAUUAGGAGGCGCAGGUUGGCUCCCAAUUACUACCUGCAGAGCCAGGCUCUGUGGAGGAUCGAGCUGGUGUUCGUGGCUCAAGGGGAGGGCGAUCGCAACAUCUUCACCCCCGAACGGCUGCAGACAAUUCACCACGUGGAGCGCCUGCUCAUGCAGCAUCCGCAGUUCCAUCAGUUCUGCUGGAAGCCUCUGGAGAUGCUGAGGGAUCUGCCACUGGGACCGUCCUACUGCUCCCCGCCCAGCUCACUCCUGUCCUACCUGUACCCCAGCGAGAGAGGGGGGAAGAUUUACUAUGAUGGCAUGGGCCCAGAUCUGGCCGAUAUUCAAGGGUCUCUGAGUCUGGCCAUCACCCACCCCCAGUUCUACUGGUACGUGGAUGAGAGUCUGUCGCCGGAGCAUCUCUCCUCCUCUCUGUUACGCAGCGAGAUCCACUUCGGAGCUCCUCUUCCUUCCUUCUACUCCCUGCAGGACCGAGCUCACGAGCAAAGAUCACGCUUCAAAAACUUUGUGGUGCAGUAUGCAGACAUCCUGACCAAGCAAUCUACCAGCCAGGUGAAGGUGCUGUACGGGGGAACAGAGCUAUUUGAUGAUGAGGUGAGACACACCUUCCACAACGACAUGAUGCUGGCUGUCAUCAGUGGAGCCUGCAUUACUCUGCUCGUCUAUGUCCUGACCUCCUUUUCUGUGUUUCUGACUCUCUUCGGACUCGCUAGCAUCGGACUGAGCUGCCUGAUGGCUCUGUUCUUGUACCAUGUUGUCUUUGGCGUCAGGUACCUGGGCAUUCUCAAUGGAGUUGCAGCCUUUGUUAUUAUUGGAAUUGGUGUGGAUGAUGUAUUUGUGUUCAUCAGCACCUUCCGACAGGCUUCUCAUCUACGUCAGCCGCAGCAGCGAAUGAUCUACACAAUUAAAACAGCCGGCCGAGCUACUUUCCUCACCUCCUUCACUACUGCAGCUGCCUACGCUGCUAACACCUUCUCUCAGAUCCCAGCCGUGCAUGACUUUGGCCUAUUCAUGGCCCUCAUUGUCAGCUGCUGCUGGUUUUGGGUGUCCGCCCUGAUGCCUGCCGCCCUGUGUAUCUGGACCGAGUGUGUGGCGCCUCAGGAACACGCCUGGUUGAAUUGCUGGAAGCUGUUGUCGGGCCUGUCAGCGAGCCACAGCCCGUUGUCAGACGAUGACGAUGAUGUGGCGCUUCUGUCAGUGGAGAUGGAGCCAGGCGCGGGUGACACGGACGGCGACGCGGCCAUUCUUUCCCUGUCGGUGGAGACACCUCGGUCCCCUUCAGGGCAGCAGCACGUGGGUGUGGUGAGCACAAAUCUCCGGUGGGGCCUGAAGCAUUUAGUGGCAGAGCCAGCUGUGGAGCGACGAAAAGCUGUUCUAGGCGUCUUCCUCCUGGUUCUGGUCUUAUCUGCCGGCUGCUGCUGUCUCCUGAGGCCGGCCACUCACGCCCCCCUCCUUUUCCGCCGGGACACGAACCUUCAAACGCUGCUGGCUCUGCGGAGCAACCUCAGCAGUCAGGGCAUCUCCUGCCCCAUGUGUUCAGGUGUGUUCAUGGAAAAGCCCCAUCCCUUGUACACACACGCUUCCUCCUCAGCGUUUAAGUUCUCCACACAUCAGCAGAGCCCGAGCAAAACGACUUCAUCUGCCCCACGGAGCGCUGUCAAACAAAAUUCAAGCACCAACCAAACAGAGUCUUUAAUGACGGUGUACAUAUCAAAGUUGGACCUCGGAGCGUCUACAACCCUUUACCGUUUCUCCCUCAACGCCAGCACUCCGUCCCCGUGGAAACUGUGCAGCACAGAGCACGAAGAGGUGUCGUCAUUUCAGGCUUAUAAUCAGCCCCGCAGCAAUUACACCAGCAGAAUGACAGUGUGUGUUUCCCAUGUGUACCACCCGUACCCCAGCUGGAUGAUCACAUCCACCUCGUGUGAACCCCGCCAUGGCUGGGCGCCAGAGUUUUCCUUUUAUGUAGCGUCGUCUCUGCAGCAGCACAGCAGGAGACUUCGCUUCGCCCAGCGCCGCCUGAGACCUCAUCCCAGCCGCGUGUGCGUCGACCCGCCUGGCUGUGGCAUCAGUUCUGGGCCCGAUGGACCCACGCAGGGAACCUUUUAUACCCCUCUUCCCAGUGAUCCCUCUUCUGCUGCCCAAACAAAAGCAUCCAAAACGUUUGGCUUCAACCCAUGCGGUGGCGGGGCGUGUGGCCAGCCGGCGGUGCGUCCUCUGGUGGACACCGGGGCGAUGGUUUUUGUCGUCUUUGGCAUCUUGGGCGUCAACCGAACUGGAAACAGGGACAACCACGUUAUCGGAGAUAUGGGCAGCAUUAUAUUGGACCCAGACUUUGAUGUUUUCCAGGAAAUGGGCCAUCUCUGCAAAAUCUGCAAAGCUAUUAGUGCAAACACACAACUUGUGAAGCCAGGAGGAGCGCAGUGUUUGCCUUCAGGUAACAAACUGUCUUCUAUUGUGCCUCUGCUCCAUCCGGAGUGCCACUCUCUCCCCGAGCCCAACCUGCUGCCGGGGCAGCUCUCCCACGGAGCGGUGGGAAUACACGGAGGCAAAGUCUGCUGGCUGUCCAUGGCCUUUGAGUCUACCACAUACAAGGGCAAAUCCUCCUUUCAGACCUACUCCGACUUCCUCCAGUGGGAGAACUUCAUCCAGGAGCAGCUGGCCUCCCUCCCGCAGUCCUCAGCUCUGCAACGGGGUUUCCAGACCUGCGAGCACUGGAAGCAGAUAUUCAUGGAAAUCAUAGGUGUGGAGAGUGCCCUGUGGAGCCUGCUGCUGUCUCUGGCCAUCUGCGUGGCAGCUGUGUCCGUGUUUACUGCACAUCCUAUGCUGCUGCUCCCAGUGCUCAUAACCAUCCUAGGCGUGAUCUGCCUGGUGGUGGCGGUCAUGUAUUGGCUGGGCUGGGAGAUGGGAGCAGUGGAGGCCAUUUCUCUGUCUAUACUCGUGGGAUCUUCUGUGGAUUACUGUCUGCACCUGGUGGAGGGAUACCUGCUGGCUGGGGAGACCGCGCCCUCUACGCCUGCUCCUAACUUGGAGCCUCGGGCCGAGAGGCAGAGGCGGACCCUGGAGGCGGUGAACCAUGUGGGCGUUGCCAUAGUGUCCAGCGCCGUCACCACGGUGAUCUCCACAGUCCCCCUCUUCUUCUGUGUCAUUGUGCCUUUCGCCAAGUUCGGACAGAUAGUGGCCAUUAACACGGCCGUCUCCAUUGUGUUCACCCUGACCGUGACUGUGGCCAUGUUGGCGUGCAUGGCCCCCGCCCGCUUCAGCAGACCCCCCGGCGCCGUGCUGAAGGCCAGCCUGGCCGUGGCGGCCGCGGCGGCCUUGGGAGCGGCGGCGUGCUGGGCGGGAGGUCGGCUGGGAGCGUUGGCCUGGCAAUCAAUCGGCACGUAA